AUGGAGGAGGAGCUGGGACUGGAUUUCAACCAGGCGGAGCUGGUGCUGGUCUCGGGACUUAUGGACCAGGAGCCGGGGGAGGACGAGGUUUUGGACCAGGAGGAGUCGGUCCAGGAGGAAUUGGACCAGGUGGAGUCGGUCCAGGAGGAGUCGGUCCAGGAGGAGUUGGACCAGGUGGAGUCGGUCCAGGAGGAGUUGGACCAGGAGGUGUUGGACCAGGCGGCUACAGGCCCAGCACCUUUGGCGGAAAACCUCCAAAAACAGGUGGCUACGGUGUACGUGGAGGACUCACAACAGGACAGGGAGCUGGAGGUGUCGGACCACUGGGCGGCAUUGGGUCAGGUGGUUUUGGACCAGGUGGUGUUGGACCAGGUGGUGUUGGACCAGGUGGUGGCUACCGACCUGGACCUGGGGGAGUUGGUCCAGGUGGACAAGGUGGAUAUGGAGGUGGAUAUGGACCAGGUGGUGCUGGUCAAUACCCAGGAACUGGUGGAACUGGUCCCAAACCUCCCAAAACAAGUGGGCUUGGAACAUUACUUAGAGGAUCAGGCUAUGUGCCUGGUGGUGCCGGAGUUGGACCUGGUGGUGCCGGAUUUGGACCUGGUGGUGCCGGAUUUGGACCUGGUGGUGUCGGUGUUGGACCUGGUGGUGCCGGAUUUGGACCUGGUGGUGCCGGCGUUGGACCUGGUGGUGCCAGAUUUGGACCUGGUGGUGCCGGCGUUGGACCUGGUGGUGCCGGAUUUGGACCUGGUGGUGCCGGAUUUGGACCUGGUGGUGCCGGUGUAGGCCCUGGUGGUGCUGGAUUUGGACCUGGUGGUGCUGGUGUAGGGCCUGGUGGUGCCGGAUUUGGACCUGGUGGUGCUGGAUUUGGACCUGGUGGUGCCGGAUUUGG